CGCGAAACGCGACAGCCUUGACUCUUGCGUGAUUGCAUGGAUCGAAGUUUCCCAACCUCCUCGCCUGAGCAGAAAGAACUGUCUUGUGGUUAAUCCUGCUCCCUCCUCAUCCCAGACGAUUCAUAGUUGACCCGACCAGAUCCCUCACACUGGAGCCACUUGCAAAUGCUCUUUCCCCCGUCCUAACUUCAUCCAUCCGCCGCCACUCGAAUACAUUCAAACUACAUCGCGAAGCACCAUGCGCACCUGCCAAGACUAGGAGAUCUCGACAAAAGCAGUCUUCGACGAGCUGGUCCCGACCUCGACCCAGCACCACCCGAUUGCUCGUCCCCGACCACCGUGAGACUACGGGCGUGGUGUAGUUCUCUAUCAUUGUUUUCUUUUUGGAGCUUCAAGUGGCACUAGACCUCAGACGACGACCACUACUAUCUCGAGACCAGCAAAUUGCGAAUUUUCUUCUCCGGUGCUGGCACAAUGGCUGCCGUGGAUGGCAAUAAUUCCAACAACAUGGACGACAUCUUGGCGGCCCAGCAGCAGGUGGUUAAAGACAUCUUGCCAGCUGGUGUCAACCACGGCGUCUUGAUACCUCUGAAGACUACACUGGAGCUUCGUGAUGACCACCGCUGUGUCAAUGUGGUGAUCACUCGAGUCCCUGUCAAGAGCGCCAAUGCCGUCAUUACUUUGCUUCGCGAUCUCCUGCCUGAGGCCAUUGCUAAAGGCAUGCCUCACUUGCGUAGAUGCGCGAAGCCUGUGGACCUCCCUGCCCACCUGAAGCUGCAGUUUAUGCACGACGAUGCCAGCAGCCGACAGAUACACACAGGAAAAUCGCAAUGGAUCUACAUCAUAGUCGGACCAGCGGCCAACUUGUCCAAACAGGAGCUUCUCAACGGCUUGUGCUCAGUUGAGGGGCUUGUUGAUGCCAAUGGGUCCGCCCGUGGCCCGUGGCUCUCUACUAUCCCAGUUCCCUCGCUGGCACCAACUUCUCAGAUCCAGGCUGCGAUGUGGUCUGAGCAAUACUGGCCAUGUGUGUACCGAAAGAACAACCCACUUGGCCCCCACCCUGGCAUGGUGACCCGGUACACGGACGAGAUCAGGUCAGAUGCGUCCAUCUGGGUGGGCUUGGCACACCAGGUCGCUGAGAAAGGCAAGGAGGCCGGCUACGGUGAGCCCAUGGGGGCUUGCAUUGUUCAUCGUGGUCCAGAUGGCUGCCGGGUCGUGGCCCUAGCAGCUGACGCCCGCUGGCACAAGCAGCCAAAGACAUGCAGCACCGGCAACCCAAUGGCCCACUCAGUCAUGCGGGCAAUAAGCAUGGUUGCCCAGAAGUUGGUUCGAGCAGAACAGCGGGUAGGCGGGGGCCCCGAGGUUGUGUUGGAGUUCGAGGCUUUCCAAGACAAGCCCCUGCUGGAUGAGGAGCAAAAGGUAUUCAAAGAGGACCACCCAACACCAGACGGAUACCUCUGCCACGAUCUGGAACUCUACGUCACUCACGAGCCCUGUGUGAUGUGUUCCAUGGCAAUUCUACACUCACGCAUGGGUAAGGUCGUCUUCAGCGAGCGAAUGACUCUGACGGGCGGGAUGACAUCGGAGGUCCGUGGACACAAUCAGCCACACCUGGCGGAGCUUGGCGGCGGUCACGGCCUCGGGCUAUUCUGGCGCAGAGAGCUGAACUGGAGCUUGGUUGCAUGGGAGUGGGAGGGCAAGAAAUGCGUCCCACAUCACGAGGUUCACCCCACAGUCCAUGCUUGACGCGCAUGGAGUUGCAACCGGCACGCUAGCAACCAGGGGGUAGAAAACGACGGAAGAAGACCUUGUGAACAGUGCUAGUCAUCGCUUUCACCGAUCGAGCCUAUGAGGCCCUCGAGGCGAGACCUCCCAACAUCCGGGUGGCUCUUGAAAGGCACUCGGCUUCUAAGAAUGGAUUAUGUAGCCAUGAGUGUCAGUGACACCCUGCUGAAGGCACCGUUCGAGCUGCGGCUAGAGCAACAGUGUGCCAUCGGUGAGGAGGGAACAAAGCCCUGCACCUGUUGCUUCACUGCAACCGAGCUGGUUGUAGAAGAGCCGCUUGGAGCUAUUCAUCCCGAGCAAGAAAUUAUGGCCCAACACUCUGGCAACACUGCGAAAAGGAUCCAGGCUGGGUGUGACCACCCUGGCGUCACUAGAGCUUAUAUCUAUUGGCGGCAGCCUGCGGGCUUCCACAUAUCAGAUUCGGAGCCUGUCAGGGAACUUAGAAAAUCAAGUCCAGGGCGGUGGUGGACAAGGCCAUACUUAGAUAGUUUUGGCUGGCUUUGGGAGGGUGAGCCACUGGUCCGUCCCUAGGUAGUAAUUUACCCAGGCAUGAAGAACGUGUCCGCGGUAAGUUCAAGGACGGCAUCCAAGACGUGCCAGGUUCUGAUGACAGCAGUCAGGGGCUGGUUGCUCAGUGAGAAAGAAUCCAUGA